UUCUCGAUUUUCUCCAAAGAAGUACAGCCAACAGAGAUGCAUGACAAGUGCCCCACCACUUCCAAUCUCACUCCACCUACUUCUGCUCAGGUCACGGCUCGCCUGCCUCAUGCCAGGCGAUACAUCUCGCCCCCAUUCUCUCUCUUUGGUUACCUCGCUGCACUGCUCGCCUGCUCGUCGCAAUCUCCAGCGCCGCGUCGGCGCACCCUCCUCCGCGUCCUUCCCUCGCGGUGUUGAGCCUCCGCCGUUGCCGUGGCCGUCAGCAGCGUCAGCAUCGUCAGGAUCAUCAACGUCAGCAUCCGCAUCAGCAUCCGCAUCAGCAUCCGCUCGUGAGCAGCAGCGUGAUCGCGAUGACGGCGCGUAAGGGAUGUCUGCGGAAGCUCAAGAAGGAGCUCGCGGCGUUCCUCAAAGACCCUCCGCCGUACAUCCCGCUGGUGCACGUGAACGAAAGCAACAUGCUGGACUGGCAUUUCCUCUUGGAAGGCCCCCCCGACACGCCGUACGAGGGCGGGUGGUACAUCGCCAGGCUGCGCUACCCGCCCGACUACCCCUUCAGCCCGCCCGCCAUCCUCAUGCUCUCGCCGUCCGGCCGCUUCAAAACUAACACGCGCCUCUGUCUGUCAAUCUCCGAUUUCCACCCGGAGAGCUGGAAUCCCGCUUGGUCAGUUUCGAUGGUGAUGAUAGGGCUGCUCUCUUUCAUGGUGGAAAACACCCAGACCACAGGGUCGCUUGAAACCUCAGAUGACGAGAAGCGCGCCUUUGCACGGGCAUCGUUGUCAGUCAUCCAGUCAAACCCUCAAUUCAGCGCCAUGUUCCCCGAGCUGCCGCUGCUGGUGCAGGCUCAGAGGGAGCAGAGGGAGCAGAAGGAGAAGGAGAAAGAAGGGGGGCAGAAGGAGGGGGGGGAAGGGGAUGAGGAGAAGAAGAAGGGGGAGCCAGAGGAAGAGAAGGAAAGGGAGGCAGGCAAGGGUGGGAGUGGAGAGGAGGAAAAUGGAGGCGAUAGGGAAGUCAAUGCUGCAGUGGCGGCUAAGGGAUACGCAGGUGCGCCGGCAGCAGCAGAUGCACCAGCAGCAGCAGCAGCAGAAGGAAAUCUGCCUACACCAUCCCCGACUGACUCGGUUGCAGGCUCCCUCCCGCCCUCUUCCAUCCUGCAUCGCCUGAGCCAUGCUGAAGCCAGGCUGCUAGGGAGAGCACGUGAGGAAUUAGUGGUGAACGGGAGGGAGGAGGAGGAGGGAUGUGAGGCUAGUGCUGCUAGUCAUAGGGAUGGGAUUCCGGGUGGUGGUGAGGGGAGCAAUAGUGGAGGUAGUGGUAGUAGGGGCUUGGAGGGAGGGGAUCCGGAGGGGGCUUUAGAAGAGGUGGAAGAAAUGCUGAGAGAGAGCGAGGGGGGAGAAGGGAGAGGGGAGGGGGGUGUGGAGUGUGGUGAGGGGCGGGAGGAAGACAAUCAGGGGAGUGCAUUGCAGGAGUGGAGGAACCGGCUACUCAUGUGCAAGGCCGAAGCGCUGGUAGUGAUGGGAGACUUUGACAAAGCGCUCUCCGUCCUCUCGUCUCUUCACCACCACCUCCACCUCUCUCUCACCCUCACCCACACUCCCUCCUCUUCCUCCUCCUCCGCCGCUGCACCCACUCGCACCUCUACCUCUUCCUCGCUCACACCAGCUGAUCAGAGUGUUGAGGGGGGGGACGUUGAGGGGAGCAACGGAGAGGACAGCAGCAGGGGGCCGUGGGUGGCAGGUGCUGUUUCGUGGCUGCGACCCCAAGUCACACUGGCUGAGGUCGAGUCAUUCCAGGUGCGCGUGGAAGGAGCAGGCCGCCACAGGGCACGGGGCGCAGAGCAGUACAAGAAGCAGUCCUUCGCAGCAGCGGUGCGGGCAUUCUCGACCGCCAAGUCAUUCCUGCUCUCCUGCGCUGCCAUCCACUUCAACCUCGCUGCAGCCCUCGCUGCUCUUGCACGGCACGAAGAGGUGGUGGCGGCAUGCGAUGAGGCGUUAGCGCUGAUAGCAACGCACAGCAAGGCGAGGAAGAGACGUGCUGACAGCCUGGCCGCCCUGGGGCGGCACGGGGAGGCCGCAACAGAGUACCUGGUGCUGCUGCAGCUGCAGCCAGGGGAGAGCAAGUGGGGCAAGAUGGCUGAGGAUCAGAGGAAGAAGGCGGUGGUGGUGCCUGCCAGUAGCAGCAGCUAAGGCAGCAGUAACAGUGGCGGCAUCAGCGUACCUGGUGCAGCUGCAAACUGCUGCCAGAGGAGAGAAAAUGUGUGCAGAUGGCUGACGAGCAAAGGAUGCAGGCUCCAAGUGGUGGCAGCAGCAGAGGAUCGCUGUUGUUGCAGCUGCAGGCAGCACAGCGGAAAUGGGGGUGGUGAGCAGAAAAGCAGAGAAGAAAGGCUUUGGGUGGUGGCGGCGGUGGCUGUAGGAGUAGCAGCAACUAGUCCACCCAUAACAGAGGCAGCAGCAGGUGCCCUGCUGCUGCUCGCCAGGGGAACGGAGAUGGGAGAAAAGAAGGAAGACUUCAGGUAGUGGUGGUGGAAAUGACAGUAGCAGUAGCAGUAGCAGCAACUAGAGCAGCCGUAAUAGAGGCGGCAGCAGAUACUCUGCUGCUGCUGAGCUGAAGGACACAGAGGGAUGGGAUGUGAGGGUGGGUGGCUGUGGAGUCUGAGGAGGCUCGUGAUUCUGACAGCAGCAGUUACCAUGGUCUUCCAUGCGUGUUUAAUUUGUAGU